AUGCUUAAUUUUGAUGAGCAACAGAUUAAGAGACAAUUUCUAAGAGGUUUGUCUCCAGACUUGGAGGAUGAUGCAGAACGCAUUGGUACUGAGCAACUAUUAGCUAAUCUUUUUGAAAUUUUAGAGCAAAUUGAAAUGCAAAGAGCAGGGAAAAAAUUAGGAUUAGUUAGUAAAAUACCCCAGUCUAGUUAUAAAUU